UAUUCCACAGGGAAAAAAAAAAAAGAAAGGAUUUUUCAUACCCCAUCAAUUUUCUGCUUUGAUCCAAACCUUAUCACUGGUUUUCUCAAUCUUGUGGCGAAUGCCAACUGAAACAACGGUGUACCUUUUCUUACACCCAUGUCGUACUUAAAGCUUACGUUCUAAUGGCGUCUUUCUGUGCCCUAAUACUACUUCUCCUCCUCCCUUAAUACUAACUGAGAGAAGAUGCAGAUACCCAUCCCAGUUCGAGCCCCGACAUGGGUAUCCACACGAAGACUCUUGGAACAGAAACUGUCAGAUAUCUUCAAGUGCACAGACCUGAAACAACUGAAACAGCUCCAAGCAGUCAUAUACAAACACGACCUCCAGGCCGACCUUUACUUCGCCCCCAAGCUCAUCACCGGUUUCUCCCUCUGCCGCCAAAUGGCGCUGGCGGUGAACGUCUUCAAACAGGUCCAGGAACCCAACGUGCACUUGUACAAUUCUCUGAUCAGGGCGUACGUUCACAACUCUCAGCCCUCAGAGGCGUUCUGUGCGCUCUUCGUCAUGCAGUACCGCGGGCUGUGGCCGGACAACUUCACUUACGCUCUUCUGUUGAAGGCGUGUUGUGGGACGAAUGAGUUGGGACUCGCGCGAAUGAUUCAUGCCCAGAUUGAGAAACUCGGGUUUCUCGCGGAUGUAGUCGUGCCCAAUUCGCUGAUUGAUAGUUACUGUAAGUGUGGUUUGUUAGGUGUUGGUGAGGCGAGGAAGUUGUUUACGGUGAUGGGGGAGCGAGAUAUUGUGUCGUGGAAUACCAUGAUUGGCGGGUUGGUGAAGGCUAAUGAGUUGAGGGAAGCCCGUCGCCUGUUUGAUGAAAUGCCGGACAGAGAUACGGUGAGUUGGAACACGAUGUUAGAUGGGUAUUCAAAGGCGGGAGAGAUGGACACGGCGUUUGAGUUGUUCAAAAAGAUGGCCGGAAGGAAUGUCGUGUCUUGGACGACCGUUAUUUAUGGUUAUUGCAAAGCUGGAGAGAUGGAGAUGGCGAGGAUUUUGUUUGAUAAUAUGCCGGCAAAAAAUACAGUUUGUUGGACUACUAUAAUAUGUGGCUACGCUGAAAAGGGGCUGGCAAAGGAUGCAAUUAGCUUGUUUGAGAAAAUGGAGGAGACGGGAUUGAAGUUGGAUGAUGGAGUUAUCAUUAGUAUUUUAGCUGCUUGUGGAGAGUCUGGCUUGCUUGGAUUGGGUAGAAGACUUCAUGCCUCAAUUCAGAGGACUGGAUAUAAGUGCAGCACUCAUGUGGGUAAUGCUCUCGUUGAUAUGUAUGCAAAAUGUGGCAGCUUGAACAGGGCGUUGACCGUCUUUAAUGGGAUGGCAAACAAAGAUUUGGUGUCUUGGAAUUCCAUGAUUCAAGGGUUGGCUAUGCAUGGAUAUGGGGAGAAAGCACUUGAGCUUUUCUAUAGAAUGAAACAAGAAGGGUUUGCUCCUGAUAGAGUGACCUUCAUCGGUGUUUUAUGUGCUUGUACGCAUGCAGGGUUUGUCGAUAAGGGUAUUCACUACUUUAAUGCAAUGGAGACAGAAUAUGGAGUACUUCAAGAAAUUGAGCAUUAUGGUUGCGUGAUUGACCUUUUAGGUCGGGGCGGACGUCUUGAGGAAGCAUUUAGGCUUGUCCGCAGCAUGCCAAUGGAACCAAAUGCCAUUAUUUGGGGCAGCCUUGUAGUGGCAUGCCGUAUACAUAACGCUUCGGAAUAUGCCAAGGAGGUGCUUCAUCACCUGAUUAAACUGGAACCAACAGAUGCUGGUCAUUUUUCCAUAUUGUCGAGUAUAUAUGCAGCAGAAGGCGAUUGGAAUAGUGUUGCUAGUGUAAGGACGCACAUGAAGAGCACUGGCACACAGAAGCCAUCAGGGGCUAGUUCAAUUGAAUUGGAUGAUCAGGUUCAUGAAUUUACAGUACUUGAUAAAUCGCACCCAAAGUCAGAUAGUAUAUAUGAGGUGAUUGAUGGUUUAAGUCUGCAUCUUAAGCCAGUUGGUUAUUUCCCGAAGGCAAUAGCUGAAGUUUUGUCUUGAGACAAUGAUUUGGGUGAAUUGGAUACAUUACUAAAAUGAUACUUGUAUUGCAAGGUUACUCUCAGUCAAAGUGGAGAGCACUAUAAUUGGUCCUAUAUCAGAGAUCAUAUCACGAUGGGGGAGAAAGUCCUUGCAGCUGAUUUGUGCAGUCAUGAACUGAUGAUAUACCAAAGAAGGGCAUCUAGUGUUCUAUUUAUUUAUGACAGAACCUCUACAAGGCCAUGCCCUUUGGACGAGCCCACGAAGAGCCGAGCCGAGCCAACACCAGAUACCUACAAUCACGAGCAAACAACAAGUAUCAGUUAAGCUUGGAAACACCAGAGGGUGUCGAAGCCAAGACAUCAAAAUAUAACGGGAAUCUUAUUCACAUUGUUCAUACGAUGUAAACGUUGGCAGAAAUAAAGUGCCGUCAUUUUUAUUGUUAUUAGGUCAUGAAAGUUGCAACUAGUUCUAUUUUUGAAGAUCUUGUAAGGUUCUUUCAAUGGCUGAACAGAUACACCCAGUUCCUGGGUAAAGUUUUAUUCU